AUGGAAGAUGUGGAGAGUGUGAGAGCUUCGUAUAAGAUGCUAAAGUGCAAGUGUGCAUACCUCAAGGGAUAUCUUGAGCAUGUUGCUACGGUGUCGAAGAGAUCCUCGGAUCUCCUUUUCCGCGCUCUCCAGAUUCCACGAGACACUGCAUGGAAUGAUCCACUACUCACACACUGCAUAGAAAUGAACGAAAGGCAAAGGGCUGUGUUUGACGAGACGGUUCUGCUGUACGGAGAAGCCUUAUUCAAGGAGCUUGACGGGCUGAUUGCAACCAUUGUUGAUGACAUGAGAAUGAUUGACGAGGAGGUAAGGGCCAUUGCGGAAAAGCCUGCAGAGGGCCUGAAGGAGCUUCGAGCGGCCCGGGAUAGGCAUGUCGAUGCCUGGACAUAUGGCAAGCAUGAUCCAUGGCUAACCGAGCUUGGGCUGAAAAGAGCGGUCAAGAAGGUUCUUCUAAUGGAUGACGAGGCAAACCAGAUGAUGCACACCAAGAUUGGGGGCUUCAACAUGUCCCUGCAGAGUGCCACCGACAGAUUUAGAGAGGUGCUUCUCAGCUUUGUGGGGAUCCAGAAGCAGAAGUAUCAGAAGCUCCAGGACUCUGUGGAUACAGACAUCAAGAGAUAUGACGAGAUUGACAGGUUUUUUGACACUGUGUCCGAGUCGCCAAAGGAAAUCAGAAGGGAAUGCAAGAAGGAUGAAAGAUUGAAGGAGAAGGUUGAUGCGUCGUUUGAGACCUUUGUGGAGGGGAUAAGCAAGGAGCUGUCUGGGAGGGGUAUAACCGUGAGAAAGAAUCUCGAGGCUGUAAAGUCUUCGGUAUGCAAAGUGAAGAAGGGAUACACAGGGGAUUGGACUACUGCAUACAUGGUAGUCACCUCGAUGGGGUAUGCGCACUUUUUCGAUGUUUCUGCAUUGGUAAAUGAAUCUGAUAGCCUCAGGAAUGCCAUUGAAAGACUGAGUGCUGGAGCAAGCAGGGGACUUAUAUCCAUGUUUGAUGCAAGUAAGUCUACCAAGGAGAUUGGAGGGGAUAGAAUUGUUUUUGAGGUGAAUGCCAAGGUUGGGGAGAUCAUUGAGACCUUUUCAAGCCCAAUGGUCUCGAUCAAGCUGAGCGACAAUACAUAUGAGCUUGACAAAGAGAGGAGGCAGGUCUCGGUCAACAGCAAGCAUCAGAACGGGUUUGCUAGCUUUUUCGGCGUGAGCGAGGUGAAGGUGAAGCUCUUUACUCUUUCGAAUGCGAUAGAGAUAUUCCAUGCACUCAGGAGCAAGAAUCAAGUCGAGGAAAGCACGGAAGACUUUUCCGAGAGCUCCGAGAAGGAGACAGAUGGAGGAAGAGUGUUUAGGGUUCUGCUGCAGGAAGAGGAAAACCCUUGGGUAAGCGGGUAA